AAUCAUUUCUAAAAUCUAGUGUGCUGUUGCAAGUUUCUCAGUAUUACCGAUCGAUUACACCUGUGUUCACCCUGCUAUCACAUGUCAAAAGGGCUGCGAUGAAAAGGGCCUAUGGCGUAAACAGGUGUUUCUUUGAUUUACUGUGGCGUAUAAGAUUACAUUUCCCUAAGGUGACCUCUUAGUCAAUGUAAUAUUGUAAGUGACGAACAAAUAUGGAUUAUGUGGCCAUAGUAUGACAUUUUGUCAAGUUUGACUGAGGCGUCUUCCUUUAUGUGUGUUGACAACACUGACAAGACUAGUUUCUUAAUCUUACUUUCAACUCAUGUUUGCAACCUUCUUCCUGCUUGACAGACUCCUACAGUUUCAGGGGUGUCAAAUGUCUCUGCUAGCCUCACUUAUAUCCAUAUGUCAAAGACAAGUGCAUACUCCCACUUGACCCAUGGUGAGCACUCUCUCCGCUGACCUUAACUCCUCUUUCAGAGAAUCCUCAAGCCCCCCUGCCUCAUCUUUACUCUGGGUAUAUAAGUCAAGUGGGAGACAAAGAUUUUUCCACUUUCACUUUCGGAUGAAUAGAAGGAUUUUGAAGAGUCUGGAUCUGGAUUAUUAGCGCGCAGCCUCAAUAUGCCCACUACACCCAAUUCUGCAAUAAUAAUCACGGAGAGCAACAAACCAGGAAAGAAAAUGAAAUCCAGCAAGAACAAGAAAACAAAUGCAGAAAAAGUGUCCGUUUAUGUGCCGGACAUCCCAGAGCCAACAUGCAGAGCUGAGCUCAUGAAGUACUGGAUGAAUUUGUCUUUGGAUGAUAAGACCGCCAACAAGAUGCUCUGGAUUUCUGACAGCGGCUCCAAGGUGUGUCGUAGGACUGAGGAGGUUUGUCCUGUCCUGGAUAGACCUGAGAGAUACGAGUACUCUCCACAGGUGGUGUGCAAAGAGGGCAUCUGGAACACGAGGGCUUACUGGGAAGUGGAGUACUCGGGGUGGGCGGUAAUCGGAGCCGCCUAUGAAGGAGCAGGACGGAGGGCACACUCUGGGCCGAGCGGCCUCGGAGAAAACGAGGAGUCCUGGGGUCUGUGUUGGUCAGGAACACGUUACCAGAUCUGGUUCAACGGUAUGGACAAAGACAUACACGAUGUCCCGUAUUCCUCCACAAUUGGGGUUUACAUCGACCAGCCCGCAGGGAUUAUUAGCUUUUAUGCUGUGACCGGUGAGGGGGCAGAGAGAGAGGUUAAGCUGUUGCAAAAAGUUAACACGACUAUUGACAAAAAGAUUCUUCCAGGUUUCUGGAUGGGAAUUCAGUCCUCAUGCACAAUACUGAAGAGACCAGAAUGAACUGCUGAAGCUAAAACUGAUAAAAUCUGUGUGUUAACAUAUUCCUGUAGUUCUUAUUUAAUACCUACAAAUGUUUUUAACCACAGUUAAUCUAACUUUGAGAAAUAUAUUUCUAUUUUUGUGUACUUUUUUUGCCCUUGAUUGUACAGUAUACUGUGUGUCUGGUUCUGUUACAUCAUAUUGGAUAUUUAUGUAGUGAUUAUGAUAUUCAUGAAUUUUGAGUACCUGAAAUCUGAAAUAAAGAAUGUAUUACUAUAAAUGAA